CCGAGAGCCACGGUGAGGCAUGAAGGCUUGGGGUCUGGCUGCUGUCUCCUCUUCGCUCCAGCGCCAUGGAAUGUCUGCGGAGCCUAACCCUGCUCCUGCCUCGCGCAGUGGGGCUGCGCCGCCGGACCCUGUGUGCUCUGGCCUUGUGCUCGACCCCUGUGGCUCACCCCGUUGUUGCUUGCGGCCGCGCUGCCGAACUGCUCGGAAGGAGCCGGGCCGCGCCGCUGUGCGGGCCCCGCCGGCUCCGAGUUGCAGGUGAAGUGCACCGGUUUAGAACAUCCGAUGUUGCUCAAGCCACUUUAGCCAGUGUAGCCCCAGUGUUUACUGUGACAAAAUUUGACAAAGAGGGAAAUGUCACUUCUUUUGAAAGGAAGAAGAUUGAAUUAUACCAAGAAUUAGGUCUUCAAGCCAGAGAUUUACGAUUUCAGCAUGUAAUGAGCAUCACAACCAGAAGCAAUAGAAUUAUCAUGAGAAUGGAGUAUUUGAAAGCUGUGAUAGCUCCAGAGUGCCUUCUUAUAUUAGAUUACCGUAAUUUAAAUUUAGAGCAGUGGCUGUUCCGGGAGCUUCCUUCACAGUUGGCUGGAGAGGGUCAGCUUGUCACGUACCCUUUACCUUUUGAGUUUAGAGCUAUAGAAGCACUCCUGCAAUAUUGGAUCAACACCCUUCAGGGGAAACUUAGCAUUUUGCAGCCAGUGAUCCUUGAGACAUUGGAAACUUUAGUGGAUCCCAAACAUUCUUCCGUAGACAGAAGCAAACUGCACGUCUUACUACAAAAUGGCAAAAGCUUAUCAGAGUUAGAAACAGAUAUUAAAAUUUUCAAAGAGUCCAUUUUGGAGAUCUUGGAUGAGGAAGAGAUGCUGGAAGAGCUCUGUCUCACAAAAUGGAGCGACCCACAGGUCUUUGAAAAGAGCAGUACUGGAAUUGACCAUGCAGAAGAGAUGGAGUUGUUAUUGGAAAACUACUACCGAUUAGCUGACGAUCUUUCCAAUGCAGCUCGGGAACUUAGGGUACUGAUUGAUGAUUCACAAAGUAUUAUUUUCAUCAAUCUGGACAGCCACCGUAAUGUGAUGAUGAGGUUGAACCUGCAGUUGACCAUGGGAACCUUCUCUCUCUCACUCUUUGGACUAAUGGGAGUCGCUUUUGGAAUGAAUUUGGAAUCUUCUCUUGAAGAGGACCAUAGAGUGUUUUGGCUGAUUACAGGAAUUAUGUUUAUGGGAAGUGGCCUAAUCUGGAGGCGUUUGCUCUCAUUCCUUGGACGACAGCUAGAAGCACCUUUGCCUCCUAUGAUGACCUCUUUACCUAAAAAGACCCUUCAGGCAGAUAGAAGGAUGGAAGUGAAAACCAGUCUCAGGCCGGAUGGACUUGGGUCGAGCAGGAACAUCCUAACAAACCGUUAGGAACACCCAGGCGAGAAUGAAUAUUUUUUAUGGGAGUCACAAGAAACUUUUGAUACUCUUUUAUUAUUUUAUUUUAUAGAGUCAGAGACUUGAGGAAAAAAAAAUAACCACUGAUGUUAAAAUGACAGUGUCUGAUGGUAAAAAAUCUUACGGCAGUCAUAGCACUAGAACUUAAUUGCAUUUUCAGAAAUUUGAGAAAAGAAGCAAAGUACUUGCUUUAUAAAAGGCCAAGAUUCUAUAUCCUACAAAAUUAAGAAGCUGUUUUUAUAGACAUGAUGUGAGGCAUGGAGAGAUUUAACACAGGAACAGACUAUUUUAUGUAUUUUCUUUAAUUUAUACAUAAUAAGAAAAGUGCAGUUUCAUGCAGAAUGAAGCCUAUCAACUUGACAAACCCGUAGUUAAAAGAGCUGAUAGUCCUAGUUCUUAGUACAGUGAAUCAUGAUCAUGUGAAUUUCCUUACUCUCAGGUGACUGAAAGCUAAUAGAGUAUGUAUUAACCUUAAAACAAACGCUGGAAGUUUGUGCUUUAAAUCAAUCCUUGACAUAACCAUAUUUUCUUGUAUUUGCCCCCCCCCUUUUUUAUAUAAGGUGAAUAAAACGGAAAAAAUAAUUUUAAUAGUGGCGUUACAUGGAUUCCAGUUAAUCUAGAUUUUACUUCCGAACCCCUGAAACUAUUUUUCUUUCCUUGGCUAUAAUUAAAGCCUUUGGAGGUAAAGUUGAAAGCAAGUAUUUCCAUUCUAUUCAUUGCAUGGUUUUUAGAGCAUAUGGAUGUGCCACCCCACUCCCUAAAAAGGAAAAUUUUAUGUAGCUCAGUCAAGCUAUAUGCUUGUACCUCAGAGUUGACAGAUGGGCUUCCUAAAAUAAGAGGAUAGGUAAAUUUUACAAUUGUGAUAACUUUUAGCUUUCACAGUCAGAUUUGGAAUAUUAAAAAGUAGCUAAUAUUUGUGAGUCUGAAAGCUGCUAUACUCCCUUUUAAAAAAUUUUUUGGACAUGAAGUACAGUUAUGCAAUACAACAUUACAGUUAAACUUGCCUGCAAAAGUGGCAUGCAUGCAAAGUUCCAGAGUGUCACCAAGAAUUCAGGGAAGCUCUUGCACUGCAAACAUACUGGUAAUAGAAGAAUAAAUAGACCUAGCCUGAUGAUGUUGAAGAAGUACCUGAUUACCCUAAAAUGAUGUCAGAUGAGGAAGUUGGGUCCAUUUACCAGGCGGGUUUGGUGAUAAGAAAUAAAAAUGCUGUUCGAGUAGCUGAUUUGAGAGAAAACCUGACAUUACAAGUAAGGUUUGCUCCACCCCUAUGUGUGGUUAUGAGAAGCCAUUAGAGGGAAGCUGGGAAUAGAAUGGUGCAAAACAGGCUAGGCUUGUCUUGGAACACCAAGUGGCCCACUUUGCACUAUACUGUGUGUCUGGAAUACACUUUAUGGUGUGCUUGUUGGAAUGUGAAUGUACAGCACUCUCUAGCAUUAUGAACCUGAUAGUUUUCGUGAAUAUCUUUGCUAAUACUCCGAUUUCACAGGACACUCUUCUUUGACGUACCUCCAAGCACUCAUGCUGUUUUUGGUCUUAUCACUGUAAGAUAGGUAAUAUUACUUCGUUUGUGACAUAUGAAGAAAUUGGCAGCCCAGAGGGUAAAAUUUGAUUUGACUAACAUCAGGCAUAGAAUAGAAUUUUGGUAAUUUUUCCUUGUUAGGUCAUUUUUCCUUACUGACUUAGUUUUUGAGCUUGGGUGAAAUAAUUUUUUUUUUUUUUUUUUAAUGUCAUGUCCCAUCAGUAUAAGGUAAAAUGAUAGGACUACCUCAUAAGUCUAUAAGGGAACUUACUAAUAGUCUAUAAGAUUCUUGAAGGUGGUUACAUCAAGUAUGAUUUCAAACAUCAGUUAGCUCUGCCUCGGCAAUUGCAAGAUGCUUCUUGCGUGAAAGGUCCCUUAAAUAAUGAAAUAGCCUAUCCUAAAGAAAAAUAAAGUUCAGUAGCUUUAAAUUUUGAAUUAAAUAGACUUAGCACAUUAACUACUAUUCCAGAGUAAGGUGAUAGGAACAAAUGUUUGGUCAUGUGAGUUAGCAAGCAGUUAUAUCCCCUGUUAAACGUGUGGAAACCCUGGUGGCGUACUGGUUAAGAGCUAUG